AUGAAGGACUCCAUCUACGAUCGCCUUUGGCGCCGGGAAUGCGGGGAACAGUUGCGGUAUGCUGGGCUCCGGGGAAUUUACGGGUCCAAGGAAUGGAUCAAUGAUUUCGACAUUGUGAAUGAACUCGGUGGACAUACUGGGUGUGUCAAUGCUCUUAGUUGGUCGAAGUCAGGGCGUCUUUUGGCGUCAGGCUCCGAUGAUAAGCACCUCAAUAUCUACUCCUACCAACCAGACUCCUCCAAUGCUCCAUUCGCGCUCAACACCACCGUUUUCACCGGCCACAAAGCAAAUAUCUUUGCUGUCAAGUUUAUGCCACACUCGAAUGAUGGGACCGUGAUUACAUGCGGCGGCGACUCGCAGGUCCGCGUCUUUGAUAUUGAAUACUCAACUGGGAGCAGAAAUGAUUCUACCACCUCUGCAUUUGCGGCCUCUACUCGAAGCCGACGCUUCAAUGAAUUCUUCAAUGGCGCGCGGUAUCUGAGUGACGGCAAUACGAACGCUAGAGUAUAUCGAAGCCACUCUGAUCGCGUAAAACGCAUUGUUACCGAAUCGUCCCCGUUUCUCUUCCUCACUUGCUCUGAGGAUGGUGAAGUCCGCCAGUGGGAUCUGCGGCUACCGUCUAGCGCAUACCCUUCGCCACGGGGUGGUCAGGGCUGGAUGGCACAGGGGCUAAACCAUGAUGACUCUAACGUUCCACCCCCUCUAAUCUCCUACAAGCCAUACAGCUUGGAUCUCAAUACAAUUUCUUGCUCGCCAAGCCAGCCGCAUUAUAUUGCCUUGGGUGGUGCGCACAUCCACUGCUUUUUGCAUGACAGGCGGAUGCUUAGCCAGGACACCUCCACGACAAGGGGCGGGGCUACACCAGUCUCUGGUAGUUCCCGUGAUGAGGAGAUGAGCAAGGCGACACGGUGCGUGAGAAGGUUUGCACCAGGCGGCAAGGUGAAAUAUAUUGAUGACGGACACAUCACUGCUUGUAAAAUCAGUGAUGCAAACGCCAAUGAGAUAGUUGUUAGUUGGUCUGGAGAUCACAUCUACAGCUUCGAUUUGAUCCGCAGCCCAGACGCCCGAGAGGCUCAGGCAGGAAAUAAAUCCACACUCAAGGGCAAGAAUAGACAGGCUCGCCGCAGUUCACGGAGCCGGAAGCGCAAGAAGCCCGAGACACCUUCGUCACAGGAAAGCGGUGACAGACACCAGUCCCGUCGUCGGUCGGCAGAGACAGAUACUUUUGGGAUCCGAUAUGAGAACGGCGAGGCAGAAGAUGUUCCGUUCCCCACAUUUUCAGAUAGUGUCCUAGAUACCACCCCCGAGAGUUUGCUCGAGCAUGCUCGGUAUUCUAUGCUGAAUGAUGCCCAGCGAUUGAGCAUGCAGAUCGCAAAAGGAUUGGUAAAACUUCGGAAGACUCUGUUCUCUCUAGAAACGACAGUUCGGGAGGCCACGGCGUCUGACGACGUGGGACCCGAAUCGUACUCUAGAUCCUUUGAAUCUGCCCUGGAAAUUGCGUCUACUCUUCUUCCAGAAAUGGGCACUGUCAUGCGCGAAUGGAGUUAUCCCAUGAACCCAUCACCGGAAACUGUUAAUUUCCAGCAAUCACUUCGUCGCAAUCGGCAAUCCUCGUGGAGAUUUGUCCAAGCUGCUGGCACGCUUGCUCGUGCGUUGGCAGAUCAAGCACAGGAACCGGAAGAAUCAAACUUCGAUAUGAUUAAGCCUGCGCCGGGCGAAGAUGACCCCAUUGACCCAGCAGCUCUGUUUGGGUAUGAAUUCCUCCGAGCGAUUCUUCUCUGGCUGCAGGGCGGCAGGCAGCGUCUGCUAGAGGGAUUUCAACGUCGCAAUGCCCCUCGACGAUUACAUAGCCGAUUCCCAAUCCCAGAUGAAUGCGAAGAAGAUGCCAUUGAAUCCAUCCUAGUACCGUAUAUUAUGGAAUUGGCGCGUGACACGCCGAUUGUGAAUGUGGAUGCCAACAGAUUCGAGCAUGACAGUACGCGCAUCUUGUUCCAAACUCAACGAGCUGCCGUGACUGCAUUUGGAAAUGCUGUCAAAUUGCCCCUUGAAGAUCUCGGGGACUCAGCUGCUAGGUUCGACGGGCGCCGUGUCUCUAAUUCCGCGUCACAAAUCCGAUCUCUGGACCGGGCCUCUGCGAGGAGAUUCUGGAUUUUGCGAGUGGGCAGAGGAAUCUUGAUGGAGGCAGGCAAUGGGGUAAAUUACACCUUUGCCAACAAUUCUUUCGGCGGACUUCACAACACAGCGGACGAAUCUGACAGCGAGUCGGAGGAAGAGAGGAACCAAGAUGAUAUCGAUCCCAGUGUGGAGGAAGAGCGAAUUCAACGCAUUGAACUCGCUAGGGCUAGUGGUUCUGUUUCCAGGCGGGAUGGUCCCCGUCCUGAAAGCUCCCAAGGAGAUGCAACGUUAUCGGACAUUGGCGACGUUAGUACAGGCGAGGAUGACAGCGAUGGCAGCCAGGCAGACGAGUCAUCCGACGAUGAAGAUCAUGAUGGCUGGCUCAUAGAUUCAUCUUUAGAUGAAGAUGAGGAAGGGUCUGAUUCCGAUAACACUGUGACCCGGCGAUAUGCCAUGCGAAAGGCACAGCAUGAUAAUCUCGAGUGCCAUGCUCCGCGUGUACAUCAUAUGCGAAGCUAUCGCGGCCACUGCAAUGUCAAGACCGUCAAGGAUGUUAACUAUUUCGGACUGAAUGAUGAAUACGUGGUCAGCGGCUGUGAUUCUGGUCAUAUAUUUAUCUGGGACCGCAAGACGUCGAAUCUGGCCAACAUCCUAGAAGGUGAUAGUGAGGUUGUCAAUGUUGUUCAAGGCCACCCCUAUGAACCAAUGAUCGCCGCUUCGGGAAUCGAUAACACCAUCAAAAUCUUUUCGCCAGACCAAAAUGCUCAAGAGGAUGCCCGUAAUGGUGUGAACAUCCUCGACCCCGACAACCCAUCCAACACUUUUGGACGAACUAUGUCCAAGAUCGGGGGUCUCGAGAGCCGGAAGCGAGUUCAUGAAAGCUAUCGCAUCAUGAGCCAAAACGAUGUUGAGCGUCGUGGUGGCAUGAACGAGGCACACAUCACUCGGAGUAUGCUUGAGCGCCUGGCUGGUAGCUUGAGAGGCCGACAUGGCAGCCUUGGGGUUGGACUCGAUGAUAUGGCUGCUCCUGGUGAACAUCGGACUAUUGUUAUCGAUGAUAAUUGCUCGGUGAUGUAA